GGGAGGAAUGCAAAGAGCAGGAGUAUGAUUGGCUGCUGUAGCGCAGCGCACCAAUAGGUUCCUUCAAUGUUGAGAGGAUGAAAGGAACUGUGGGGCGUUGUUAAUUAGACUUAGGUUUGUUGGGGUCUUGGUUAUGAACCAUUUUCGGGCUUUACUGCGUAGGGUGUUUGGACAAAUCAAACAUCAUGUCGGUACUGAUCAGUUCGGAAACAAGUACUACUUCGUCCCCGAGCAGAAGACAUGGACAGGACAGACGAUUCGCUCAAGAAGAAUAAUAGAAACAGUCAAUCCAAAAGAAAUUGAAUAUGAACUUGGAAAUAUUCCCCUUGAAUGGGAAGCUUGGAUACGAGGAAGCAGAAAAGACCCACCUAACAUAGAGGAAAUUCUCAAGAAUGAAAAAUAUAGAACAAUUAUUAAAUCACGUGCCUGUGAAAUUCAACAAGACGAUGCGAUAAGGAAAGAGAAAGAAUACGAGGAAGAUCUUGUUGCUCGACCAGUUCAAACUCCAAUUAAAGGGCAUGCCUCUGCACAUUACUUUGGAAAGGAUAAAAUAUCUUCAGAACCUAGCAGUACAGCAAAUACUUUCCAGCCUGGAAGUUGGUUACCAUCAGAAAAUACCAGCAAGAAAAAAUAAUUGUAUUUUUCUUGUAAUUUAAAGAACAUUUUAUCAUAACUUUGAUUUGUAAAUAAAAAUCUACAUAUACAGUACAUUGAAUAUUUUAUAUGAGAAAUACUUUGGGUGUA